AUGGGUGACAACGCAAUGCCCGCAGUCGGCCAAUCCACCCUCCUCCCAGUAGGCUGGACCUCCCACAUCAGUCCCACCGGCCGCACUUACUACCACAACGCAUCCUCUGGCGUCAGCACCUAUACUUUCCCCCAACCCAAGCCACCCAGACGCGAAAAGCCUGCCUCCAAAACUUUAAUUCCCAACACAUCUGGCUGGUUAAAGGUGACCACAAACAAAGACAAUGUUUUCUACUUUCAUCCGGAGACUAAGACGAGUCAGUGGCUUCCACCUCCACACGUCGUCGAUGCUUUGAAGCAGAUCGAAGAGGAUGAGGCGCGAGAGAAGGAGCAGAAGAGGAAGGAGGAAGAGUAUAAGUUGAGGGAGGAGCGCGACAGGCUAAGGCGCGAGAGGAUGGAGAGGAAAAGGAAGCUUGAGGAAGGGGUGCCGAUCACCGAGUUUGAUGCUUCGAAGCGGGCGCGUGGGGACGAAGAGGGCGAGGAGGAUGGCCACGAAAGCGAGCCAAGUGAGGACGAGGAACCCGAGACGUUUCGCAAGAACGGAGUUGCCACCGCAGCAGAAGCUCCAAAAUUAUCAAAAGGCCUACCAGCGGACACUAUCGAAGCAUCUAAUCCUGACGACGACGAUGACGAUGAAGAUGACGAAGAUUGGCAACGACAAAUCGCCGAACAGAUGGCUGCUGAAGCCGAUGCCGAUGCGGACACAAUCGAAUCCAAACAUAGUCCUCCUUUAAAACCAAUCAUCUCCAUCGAAGAGGCGAAACACGCCUUCAUGGACCUGCUCACAUCGCUCAACGGCACACGGCACGAAAUCAACCCUAUGGCACCAUGGGAUCUCGAGCAACCCAAAUUCUCCUCCCAUCCGUCCUUUCUCGCUCUCCCUUCCUCCCGAGAACGGGAAGACGCAUUCAACGAAUGGUGUAAGCUUAGGAUUCGGGAGAAGCGCGCUGCCAAGACCGCUGCCGCCACCAACACUUCCUCCUCCUCUUCACAGACAUUCGUCACCGACCCGGUUUCGCCAACCGCCAAAUCCGCCCUACUCGCGCUGCUGCGAGCAGAAGUCCGCUCGACACGAACCAAGUUCUCGGACUUCAGAGGCGCCUUCUCGCGAGACCCUCGAUUCACCGCUUACGGCCGAUCUGACGUCGACCGCGAAAAGCUGUUCAAGAAGCAUCUCGUACAGCUGGGCGAGGAGAAGAGGGCGGCAGCACAGCGCGCAGAAACCGACUUUCUCGCGCUGCUCUCGGAUCGUCUGCCGGGCAAUUAUCGAGGUAAAGUGGCUGCGGCGACGGGCAAGGAGGGGGUGAUGGAUGUGUGGAUGCAGGCUAAACGCACGGCGGGGUUGGUGGAGGAUAAACGCUAUGAUGCAGUUGGGAGCUCCACGAGGCGGUAUGAGCUGUUCGAAGAGUGGGCGAAGGGUGAACGUCGGCCGACUACUGAUUCGAGUACUGUGGUCAAGACCGACGAUGUAGCGGCAGCCAGGGCGAGGCAGAAAGAGGAAGCGCGGAUGAAAGCGUUGCGGGAACGAGAAGAAAAAGUGCGCCUGGAACGUCAACGCAUCCAGCGCAUCAACCGAACCGCCUUCUCUGCCGCCACACGCGAAGAAAGCCUGCUCUCGUUCCGCCAACUCCUCCUCGACGCCGUACACACACCCCACACGUCAUACACCUCCGCUGUCGCACAGCUGUCCCUCGAUCCGCGCUUCGCCGCCGCCGCGCUCAGCGAGGCCGACAAGCAGCAGCUGUUUGCAGAACACCAGACCCGGCUCUCGGAAAAGGAAGACUCGCGCAUCGGGAGCGUCUUUGCGCGCUACGCGCCCUCGCUCGAUACGCACCGCGAUGACGUGCUGGCGCGCACUCUUCAGGACGCGCAGCUCUCCCGCCCGCCCCUUUCGGGUUUUGCGGAAGACAGAGAGAGAUUGGAGGAGGCGUACGAUCGGUGGGCGGCUCAGAAGAGGGCGGAGGCUGAACAGGCGUUCAAGGAGAUGUUGUGCGAGAGUGCAUUUGUGGAGUUUUGGGGUCGUCUCAAGAAGCAAGCCACCACCUCCACGUCGACCACGGAAAGCAAGAAGGAGCGGCGGGAUGAUGGAGAAGAGGAGGAUGACGAGGAGGAGGCGGAGGGCGCGACGCUGGUCGAUAUGGCGAAACGCGUGGACCUGGCCGAGAUCGAAUCCGUGCUCCGGAACGAUGCCCGAUUCAGGGCUUGGAAGCACGACCCUGAACAGAGGAGGCGGUGGAUCCGGCAGCAUUUGCAGCAGCUGGCUGCUCCCGCUAACAGUGUCCAUCGUUGA